AUGGGUCUAUCGCAAUUUGAUCAUAUGGGUCGAAUCCAUAAGCAACAGUUGUUCGCGUCAACCUUAGCACUCUACAUACUCGCAAUCACUGCUGCUAUCAUUCGCUUCUACAUACGCAUUAGAAUUCAAAAACAGUUUGCUAUAGACGAUGCUCUUAUUAUAGUCGGCAUCCUCUGCAUCACAGCGUCUAUCGGCCUCCUUUUCAAUUACAUUGAUAACCUUUUUAUGGCCGAAGCCUUGAUACUGGGAACCUCUGAGAUAUACACCCAACUUCCCAAGGACUUUAUUCAGCGUGUUUAUGAUUAUUCGGAGCGUUCGACAAUAAGCCUCAUGUGUGCUUGGGGCGCAAUAGUGAGCGUCAAGUUUAGCUUUCUUUUCUUCUUCAAGAAAUUGAUUGAUAGAAUCAAGAGUAUGACUCGGUAUUGGUGGGUGGUCUUUGUGCUUAACUUGAUAAUUGCGGGAUAUGGAAUGGCGAUAUACAUUUUGGCUUGCCCGCAUUACAACAAUCCCUAA